GUCUCUUAGUCCGUGCAUCUGAUACACUGAGAGCAAUCUAAAGACGCGCGUCCUCUGUCCUGUUGUGCACCAACCAUCAUCACACUGCAGUAAGAUGAGGCGGUUCAGUAUCAAGCAGCAUCUCUCCUAAUAACAUCUUGCUGGGCUAUCGCACCUGCAACGGACUGUAAACUUCCACAAACAUCAUCCAUCGACGAAAACCAAAACUAUCGUUAAGAGGAUUUACUAUACGUAGUCUAUGAUGAAAGUGAUAUUUUGGAAAGUGUACGAAAUGGUACCUUUAUUUUUGGUCGUGGUUCUCCGCAUUAGCGCAACUGUCCCACAUCCGAUGAAUGGGAAAGUGUGCGAGCCCGUUGUGUGUGAAAAUGGGGGAGACUGUCUCAGCUCACUGUCCGGCGACAUUGGUUUGACAUCAGCAUCAGACUGGGACGAAUCUACUGGAGGAGGGCCUUGUCAUCCAAACCCUUGUCACAAUGAGGGAGUCUGUGAGACCAGUGAGAAGCAGAGGGGAGACUCCUUUGUUGGGUAUCUGUGCAAAUGUCCUCCUGGCUUCGAUGGAGUCUUCUGCCAACACAAUAUAAAUGAGUGUGCAAAAAACCCUUGCAAAAAUGGAGGAAUCUGUACAGAUUUGGACGCUAACUACACCUGCAAAUGCCCUGGAGAAUUCAUGGGCAGGAACUGUCAGUACAAAUGCUCUGGACCUCUGGGUAUGGAGGGUGGCAUCAUCUCAAACCAGCAGAUAACAGCCUCAUCUACCCAGCGAGCCGUGUUUGGCCUACAGAAGUGGUACCCUUACUUCGCUCGCCUCAACAGGAAGGGGUUAGUGAACGCUUGGAGUGCUGCUGAGAGCGAUCACUGGCCAUGGAUUCAGAUCAAUCUGCUGAGAAGGAUGAGGAUCACGGGCCUGAUAACGCAAGGAGCCAAGAGGAUGGGCAAACCGGAGUAUGUGAAGGCCUACAAGGUGGCCUUCAGCGAGGAUGGAGAGAUCUGGAGCAUGUUUAUUGACAGGGGAACCGAUGGGGACAUGGAAUUCAAAGGAAAUAUUGAUAAUAACUCCCCUUCCGCCAUCUCCUUCACGCCACCGAUUGAAGCGCAAUACAUCCGCAUUUACCCUCAAGUCUGCAGGGGACACUGCACCCUUCGCAUGGAGCUUCUGGGCUGCGAACUCACAGGAUGCUCAGAGCCAAUGGGGAUGAAAACUGGACACAUCCAAGACUUCCAGAUCAGCUCCUCCAGUGUCUUUCAGACGCUGAACAUGGACAGUUUCUCCUGGGGGCCAGGGAAGGCCCGCCUGGACAAACAGGGCAAGGUUAAUGCAUGGGCAUCUGCAGCCAAUGACCAGUCACAAUGGCUACAAGUGGACAUGCUGCUCCCCACCAAAGUGACUGGCAUCAUCACCCAGGGUGCCAAGGACUUUGGCCGUGUGCAGUUUGUGGGCUCCUAUAAGUUAGCUUUCAGCAAUGACGGUGAGAGAUGGAUAAUGUACCAGGACGAAUCACAACAGAAGGACAAGAUUUUCCAAGGUAACUUUGACAAUGAAACACACAGAAAGAAUGUGAUGGACCCACCCAUCUAUGCCAGGUUUAUCCGGAUCAUUCCAUGGACGUGGUACGGUCGAAUUUCACUACGAACGGAACUGCUUGGUUGCACGGAGGAGGAGGAGGAGUGAGCUGCUUCUGUUCUUCAUCCAGAGACUGUAAAAAAGACUUUGUAACCGUGGUCUUCAGUGGUUGUCUAUUCAGACAUAUAUUCAGAUGUGAUCUUUAGUUUGUUCUUUUCUCACGUAAUUGAAUUAGAGUGUACGCUCCAGGUUUUAAAUUAAUGUUUUGAAAGGCUUUGAUGGUGUGAAACUUGUCUGUUCUGAGUGAUUCGCUUUUACUGAUACGAUAGUCACAGUUGGGUUCACAAUACCUGUAAACCCUGUAAUUUACUUUUGAGAUCUUUUUGUCUGUUUUUGUCAACUAAUUUAGUGUUGAAGGAAAACAUUGUCAGGCAUUGAUAGCAUUGAUAGUGCUUCUAUGCCAUCCACUACAAAUUGAAAUGGUACAAUUAAGUUUAAAAACAUCCUUAAAAUUUGAGUGUAUACCAUUAGUUGUAUUUUCAUACUAUUAGGUGAUGUUUUUGUAACGUAUAGGUUUAAUUCCAUCACAGACAGCCAACUGGUUAAUUACUAUCAAUAUUUUUGAAUGUGCAAUGGUGUACAAUACACUGUAUAUUUUUUAAAGUAAUACUGCAUAGAGUUGAAUAAGUCAUAAGUUAGGAUACUGAAAAUGUUGUGACAUGUUACUAACUGCAUGUAAAACAUAACGCCAAACAGAGCAAGGAAUGAAUGUGUCAGAUCUCAGAUGGAUAACAUGAUCCAAAUGCAGGGUGUAAUGAUGUCAUUGUUGAGGUCUUGAUCUUUGAAUGUCACACUGGCCUAAUGUCUCUGUUCCGUCAUUAUUCCCACACUAUUUCAAUAACUCAGGUCAAUCAAUGGUCACCGACUGCAUCUCUUGUGUGUGUGUUUGACCCUUGAUUUGGGUGAGUACCAGUAGAUCAAUAUAUUUGAUUAUAUAUUUUUCUUUUCUGAUGAACGUCUUUGCUCUGUUUCAAAAGAUGAAUCUUUUUCAUGAUCACAUAGAAAGGCUUAAUCUUUGUGUGUUUUAUGUAGAUAAGUGAGCUCUACAGUCGACUGUUGGUAUCAGCUCUAGAUGCGAACAAGAGAUGGCAGAGUGCAUCUGUUGAUCUAAAGAAAUGCAAGAAAAAUAAUGUACUUUAUCUGUAUCAGCAGUGUAGAAUCUGGAGAUAUUUGACUAUAUUUGCACUUAGUUUUCAAUUAUGAAUUCAAUAAAAAAAUGUUAAGUUCCAUGCUGA